ACACCCCGUGCUGUCUGUAAAGUACUGCCUCCUCUGUAUAAAUAAACACCCGAGAUGUAUAAGAUCCAGAGGCUCUUCCACUGAGGACCUUCAAUCUGAGAUUUUGCCAUGGGUGCCAUGAGACUCUGCUUCCUGCUCUUCUGCCUCUUCUUGGUGAGCGUCUCUUCUGUGAAAAAACUUAGCAAUAUCGAUGACUUGAAAAACAUUGACUAUGGCAAGUCUGCUCCACGUCAUGGACUCCAAUUAUUGUUCUGGUUUGCUCAAAAAGUGCUGAAUGUUGAUCAGAACAACAUUCUCAUCCUUGAAUCAAAUUUUUAUCCUCAUAGAGGCGACUUUGGAUUCCAUCGGUAUUUAAAUAAAGAGGGCAUUCUACCCUCAUUGAGUUGGCAGAAUUACUAUACGGUUGGCAAUUUAAAAUCUCCUGGAGCCAAAGCAUUGCCGGCCUAUGUGGGGAGAUAUUACAGAAACACCAAUGUGCCACAAAGAAACAUGGACAGGCUCAUUGUCUCUAUGGAACAAAACAGGCCACAAAGGAUACUCAGAGGGGAUUUGAUGCUAGUCUGCAGCUUUAUGCUGCCGACGGCAAAGCCUGUGCUCGACUCUACAUCAAAAAAAACUUCAGUAAAUGGAUGGAUGUUCUUUUCUACUCAUGGGUGGGGUUCUACAAAAGCUCACAAGAUAAAAAUGAUGACUAUUACACAGUAUGCCGAUUGGUUUGCAAAGACCGAAAACUAUAUCACACAGAAUUAUGACAUUUACCAGUAUGAUUCCAGUUUGGCUAUUGCUCCUGGGGUUCAAAUCCGUUUUCUGCUGGAUAAAAAAUAUAACAAGGUUUUAGCACAAACUCCACCCUGGGAGGGUGUUGAAGAAGUGACAAUAUUACCAUCAGAUUGUGGUCAACAGAAUCCUGGUCUUCAGCCUGAACACUCAUCAAAUGGUCCAGAAUUUUUUUAUGGGCCAGAGCUUGACAAGGCUGGUCUGCAGCUCUUCACUAAAGAUGGUAAAGCUUGUGCUCGGUUUUACAUCAAGAAGACCUUCACAGACUGGAAAUAAACUUUCUACUACUCAUGGGUCGGGUUUUACACUAGUUCAAAAAAUAAGAAUGAUGACUAUUACACAUUUCACUAUGUUGUGAAAUUUGAAAAGAUUGAGGAUGAUAAUGAGAACUAUGAUAUUUAUCAGUACAAAUCCAAAUUGGACAUUGCGCCUGGAGUAGGCUACAGAUCCGUUUCAUGAUAGACAAAAGUGCUGAUAAAGCAUCAGUGCAAACUGACCCCUAGAAGAGUGGUUAAUGAAUCAGGUUAUGAAAAGCUUUAAAGUACCGUAAAACUU